AAGGCUACUAAGAAAACUGAGGGAGUAGUUCACCACGACACCAUCAGUUCUUAGCUUCUCUAUUCCUAAGUAGAAAUUCUGGAGAAACCUGCAACAGCUAACCUGAACAAGAAGAUCGACUCAGGAAAAAGCUUCAAGAAGAUCGACCCAGAAACAUACCUUCAAAUAUUAGUAUAAAUUACUAUGUAGCAGCGGAAUUAGAGAUGCUUUAAGCAGGUGUGAUCCUUGCAUUUCAGCAUAUAGAGAACAUUACAGCAAUGAGGUACAGGAUACUUAAGAUGUGAUGAAAGGCCAAACGCAUUGCAAAGUUAGGGGUGAAGACAUAUUUCAUGAAAGGGAUAGUAAGAUACAAAAGAAACCAAAUUGUGGUUUGUCAGAAAUGAGCUCAGAAAGUCAUGGUCAAACUCUACAAAGAUGUCCUAGUUCUGAAAUUGUUGCCGAGCAUAAAAUAUGUGAAUAUCCUUCUGUUAUUCAGCCAAAAGCAGUUAUAGAUCAACGUCUUCUGAAAGGAAGUGUUUGUGCUUUCUGUCAUUCGCCUAAGACCACAGAGAAAACUGGACCAUUCUUGUACUAUGCAAAUGGAAGAGAAGUGGGAAAUUUCACUUCUCUUUCCAAAGUCAUAUGCGUGCACAGUAAAUGCAUUGAAUGGACACCUCAAGUAUAUUAUGAAGGAGAUAUUAUAAAGAAUUUGGACACCGAGUUGUCAAGAGCUGCAAAACUUAAGUGUAGUAGUUGUGACUUGAAGGGUGCAGCACUUGGCUGCUAUGUGAGAUCUUGCAGGAGGAGUUAUCAUGUGCCCUGUGCAUUUGAAAUCCAGGAUUGCCGGUGGGAUAUGGACAACUAUGUGAUGCUGUGCCCAAUUCAUCGAUCUGUUAAAUUUCCCGGCGAGAAGUCAAAGUCCAGAAAGCAUGUGAGGAGGGAAGUGCAUCCAGAGACUUCUCACCCAACCACUGUGCAAUUGAGUUUUUGGGCGAGAUCAUCCUAUGGACCGAAAGAAUGGGUUCUUUGUGGGUCAGCUCUAUCCUCAGUAGAGAAGUAUAUGUUGGUGAAGUUUGCUAACAUGUGUGGUGCAACUGUGUGCAAGUUUUGGAAACCAAAUGUCACACAUGUUGUUACAACAACAGAUGAAAAGGGUGCAUGCACCAGAACAAUGAAAGUUCUCAUGGCGAUUUUGAGUGGAAAAUGGAUCCUAACUAUGGACUGGGUAAAAGCGUGUGUUGCAGCAAAUGGUCCAGUAGAUGAAGAACUUUAUGAAAUAAGUCUAGACAAUUAUGGCAGUUUUGGGGGCCCCAAAGCUGGAAGGUUGAGGGCCUCAGCUAAUGCGCCAAAGCUUUUUGAUGGUUUCAAGUUUUAUUUGAGUGGAGAUUUUAUGCCAACUUACAAAAGUGACCUGUUAGAUCUAGUUGAGAAGGCCGGAGGCACUAUCAUUCAGAGCAAGGAAGAGUUUGUUAAACAGAACUAUGGUGCACCGCAAAUUCGGCCACCUCUAGUGGUAUACAACUGUGAUCCCCCGCAGGAUUGCAUGUUUGAAGAAAGCAAUAUUUUGCAGCAAAGAUUAGCUGAAGCUGAGGAUCUAGCCAAGCAAAUUGGUUGUCAGGCCGUUCAGCACACGUGGAUUCUGGAAUCUAUUUCUGCAUGUGAACUGGUACCAUUCUGCUGAUGAGCGACUGCUGCAAGUUUUUUGUGCAACUGAGAUACUGUAGGAAGUAGAAGAGUCCUGCUAAAUGACUUUAUCUUGGUGAUAGAUGAGAGCAAAAGUAGAUGUACAUUUUCUGCACCAGGGAAAUAUGGUGGAAUCUUAAAAGCCAAAUAUCCUUUUUAAGAUUUUGUGUAUAAAUGUGAUAUACUGAAAAGAAUAAUAGAGAGUGAAAGGUUGUGAGCGAAGAAGGUUGCAUACUGAAUUAUUUUAACCACUUCUAACAAAUGCCUAUUUGUUUCUUUCAGCAAACUCAUUGUGUACGCUAGUAUAAGGACAAUUGGUUUGAUGGUUAUUCCAAAACUCCCCAAAUGAGUAUCAAAAAUUUUGCUCCUGUA